AUGUCCUCUGGGACCCCAUUCAAUCCCACUUCAAAUGUGCGUCAAGUCAACCUCGCUCUUGCAAAGAUGAAGCAACAGCGCAAAGCGCUCUCAGCUCGACUGGAAGCCAGUAAAGCGAACGUCCUGGAAUACAGGCAGGAGCUCAAGGAGCUGGACUCGAGGAUGAGCAAGAUGAAGAUUACGCUUAAUGCUGCCAGAAAGGUGGAUGAAGCGCUGGAGAACGUUGAUGAUGAGCUUCUCGCCGAGCUUCUGAAAUCUUUCUGCGACGAAAAGGCAUCGACCGCCACGCCAACACUCACUCCCACGCCUUCGCCCAUUGCUUCUGCAUCAAAGCUCAAGCGACCGGCGGACGACUCUGAUGGUGAAGUCAUCGACACAGGAAUUAAAAAAAACACCGACUCCCACACCCUCUCCCUUUACACCGGAGAAGGGCAUCGCACCAAAGUUGAAAACGACACGAAACCCGAUCGCGAGCCGUCUCCACCUUCCAAACGUCCCAGGCUGAACUACAUAUACCUUGGGCCAGCUCGGUCUAGUGACGCUGCCUGA